AUGCGGACCUCCAGGAUCUCCCAGGACACUACGCGAAUAUUCAAUGCGGUGUCCCACAAUGCGCGCACGGGGCGAACAACCAGGAGCGCAAAGCGCAUCGCCUCGUUUGCGCUGGGUUUCAAUGAAGAAACCGAGGUACACGAGGACAAAAAGAUGAAGCCGGAGGCGGAGGAGGACGAUAACAGCGACGACAACUCCACGCUAUCCGCACUCUCUCAGACGCCCGACAUCGAAGAUGCUUUGAGUCCGGAGCUACGGCCUCGGUCUGGGACGAACAGAAAGAGGAAGCUUGGUGCAGAGUCGCCGCAUACUGCGAGAUCUAUAACCACGGCGAAGACAGAAGUGGCUGAUACGACGGCGAGGAGAGGUGGGAAUACCACGGGGGGAACAAUAAAGACCGAAGAGAUAGAAGGAACAGCUACACCAACGCAAGCAGGUCCACGGGGGAGAAGUAAAGCCAAACCGAAGACACCUGCUCGCAAGACCACGUUGCCGUCAGGCACAGUCCGAACACAACCUCCGUCGAACUGGAACGAGAUCUACGAAAUAGUCAAGGCAAUGCGACAGCGCAACCCUACAGCUCCUGUCGACACCAUGGGCUGCGAGGAACUGUUCUGGCCGACCGCUCCGCCCCGCGAUAAACGGUACCACACAUUAACAUCGUUGAUGCUGUCCUCGCAAACCAAAGAUACAGUCACCGCAGUCGCUAUGCAUCGUUUACAUACAGAACUUGUGUCGACCGACGAGAUCAACCCGGAGGAGGGGGAGGCAGAAACGAAGCAAUCGCAGUUGACGAUAGACAAUAUCAUCUCCUGCGACCCCAAACAUUUGGACAAUUUGAUCGGCAAAGUCGGCUUCCACAACAACAAGACCAAAUACAUUAAACAGGCCGCACUCAUCCUAAAGGAGCGAUUUAAUUCAGAUAUUCCCGACACAAUCGAAGGGCUAGUCAGUCUUCCUGGCGUCGGACCGAAGAUGGCGUACCUAUGCAUGUCUGCCGCUUGGGGCCGCGACGAAGGCAUCGGUGUCGACGUGCAUGUGCACCGCAUCACCAACCUGUGGGGUUGGCAUAAGACCAAAACGCCCGAAGAGACCAGAGCCUGUCUGGAAGCCUGGCUUCCAAGGGACAAAUGGCAUGAGAUCAACAAGAUGCUUGUUGGGCUGGGCCAGACAGUUUGCUUGCCUGUCGGCAGGAAAUGUGGAGAAUGCGAUUUGGCGGGCACAGGGCUGUGUAAGGCCGAAAUUAGAGGAUGGAAGAGCAAAGUCACGCAAAAGACGACGGUGGUAAAAGGCCCCGAGGGAAGAGUCAAGGUAGAGUUUGACGAAGGAGUGGUCAAGCAGGAAACACUUGGGGGAGGAGAGCAAACUGCGCGGGUGCAAGUGAAGAUGGAGGAAGAACUGGGUUGA